AGUGACUCAGAGUUGGGAGCCAGUGGCCAGGAGGCAAGGGCGGGUGGGAGUAGUCGCAGGUAUAAGGGCAGGCCAGGGUGCCAGCUGCUCUUUACCAGGAGAACAUGCGGCUUCUCUUCGGGCUUCUGCUGGCUGUGGCCUUGAACCUGGAGCUGGCCCAGGGCCUGCAGUGCCACCUGUGCAAGGGCUUUGGAGGCUGCUCCCACGCGUCCAGCUGCCCGCGAGGCUCCACCCACUGUGUCAUCAUCGCUACCCGGUCCCCCAUCAGCUUCCAGGACCUGCCUCUGGUCACCAAGAUGUGCUACAAUGGCUGCCCUGAUGUCCCCAGUCUGGGCCUGGGACCCCAUGUAUCCAUUGCCUGCUGCCAGUCCAACCUCUGUAACCAUGACUGAUCACUGUCCUCCAUCAUGUCUGGCCUGACAGACCACGUCCCCUACCCUUGCCUAGCCCCUGAAGACCCUCCCAACCUGGCCAGCCCACACCUCCCUCAACUCACUCUUCCUGGGGAAGUCCUGCAUGAAGUCUUGCCUCAGUCUGCUGCCGUGCACACCUAAGCACACCUCCUGGGUGUCCCCUCCCCCCACCACAGUCCCCACAAACCCCCAAUAAACUGUG